AUGGUUCUCGAGCGUGUCAAGCAGUUCACACAGCAGGUCUCCAACACUGUUGCUCCUGUUCACCCAUUCGACCCUCUCUCUUCUCUCGAGAUUGAGACCACUGUGUCUAUUCUGCGGGCCAAAUACGGUAAACUGUACUACAAUGCCGUUACUCUUCUUGAGCCUCCAAAGGCCCCGAUGAUGAAAUGGUUGGCUGCUCCUGAAAGCACUCCCAGACCGCAUCGUAUCGCCGAUGUCGUGGCCAUCUCCACCGACGGAAAGGUGUUCGACGGCCAUGUCGACCUCACAGAACGGAAGAUCCUUAAAUGGGAGGAAACUCCCGGCGUUCAACCCUUGAUCACCAUGGAAGACCUUCAAGUGGUCGAGCACGUGUGCCGCAAAGAUCCUGGAGUCAUCGAGCAAUGCGGUCUGAUUGGCAUUCCUCCAGAGGAAAUGCACAAGGUCUAUUGCGAUCCCUGGACUAUCGGCUAUGAUGAGAGAUUCGGCAAUUCCGUCAGACUCCAGCAGGCUCUGAUGUACUAUCGACCCCAUGUCGAUGAUUCUCAAUAUUCAUAUCCUCUGGAUUUUUGCCCCAUUUAUGACGCAAAUCUGCAGAAAAUCAUCCAUAUCGAUGUUCCCAAGGUUCGACGACCAAUCAGCAAGGCUCCCCCGAACAAUUAUACCGUUCAAUCCAUCGAAGACAUGGGUGGCUACAGAACCGACCUUAAGCCCAUCAAUAUUACACAGCCAGAAGGUGUGAGCUUCAAGGUCAACGGCCGCGUCAUUGAAUGGCAAAAUUGGUCUGUCCAUGUCGGCUUCAACUAUAGAGAGGGCAUUGUCCUUCACAACAUCACCUAUUUUGACAAGGCUGAAAACAAAGCCCGACCCAUUUUCUACAGACUCUCCCUUGCCGAAAUGGUGGUUCCAUACGGAAACCCCGAACAUCCUCAUCAACGCAAGCACGCUUUUGACCUUGGUGAAUACGGUGGCGGCUACAUGACCAACUCUCUCAGCCUGGGCUGUGAUUGCAAGGGCAGCAUCCAUUACAUGGACGGCGAAUUCGUCAACAAGGCCGGCGCCGCCCAAACCAUCAAGAACGCAAUCUGCAUUCACGAAGAAGACAAUGGCAUCCUCUUCAAGCACACCGAUUUCCGGGACGAUUCGGUCAUUGUUACCCGGGCCCGGAAACUCAUUAUCAGCCAUAUCUUCACUGCCGCCAACUACGAAUACUGCGUCUACUGGAUCUUCCACCAAGAUGGUACCAUCCAACUCGAAAUCAAGCUUACAGGGAUCCUCAACACUUACGCCAUGAACCCUGGUGAGGACACCGAAGGCUGGGGCACGGAAGUCUACCCUGGGGUUAAUGCCCACAAUCAUCAACAUUUGUUCUGUCUUCGAAUCGAUCCUAACAUUGACGGACCUAACAAUACGGUCUUUCAAGUCGAUGCCACCCAGGGCGCUGGUGAAGUUGGCUCGGAAGAAAACUUUUACGGCAACGCCUUCUAUGCGAAGAAGACCAAGUACACCAACCCCAUCGAAGCCAUGGCCGACUACAACGGCUCCAGCUCUCGAACCUGGGACAUGUGCAACGAGAACAAGCUAAACCCUCACUCUCACAAGCCAGUUUCCUACAAGCUGGUAAGCCGUGAAGUUCCAGCCUUGUUGCCCAAGGAGAACUCUCUGGUCUGGAAACGUGCCGGUUUCUCCCGCCAUGCCAUCCACGUCACAAAGUACUCCGACGACCAAAUCCACCCUGCUGGUCGCCAUGUACCCCAAACCUCGGGUGAGCCUUCCAUGGGUCUCCCUCAAUGGAUCGCCGCAAAUCCACAAGAAAAGAUCAACGAUACCGACAUCGUGCUCUGGCACACCUUUGGCAUCACCCACUUCCCAUCCCCAGAAGACUACCCGGUCAUGCCUGCCGAGCCCAUGACGCUGCUCCUUCGACCGAGAAACUUCUUCAUCCGUAAUCCAGCCCUCGAUGUGCCUCCUAGUUACGCCCGGACUCCCAGCCAGGUCGCCGCUGGCAAGACUGGAUGCAGCGGCUGCAAGGACAAGACCAGCGUGCAGGUGUAA